AUGGCAGGAACAGCAGUAAAUUCCCUGGAACUGGCAAAAGCCAGCACCGAGGCUGCAACUGCAGUGGUUGCAGUGAGAAAUGCGAUAUCAGUUGUUGAGAGUUUAGGAAAAUUCGCCUCUGCUGCUGGAGUGGUAGGAGCUAUUUUUGGGGUAGCAGCAGCAAUUGUUAAACUUGCUAUGGGUAAUGUGGAGAGUGAGGAGCUGAGAUAUAUGAAGGAGCAGUUCCAGAUAGUCAGGAACCAGCUGGAUGUCAUUUCAGGUCAGAUUCAGCAAGUGCUUCAGGCUAUUGAACAAAGUACAGUUAAUAAUCAGUACUUCCCCAUUGAGGAGAAUCUGAAACACCAAUUCAAGAAUUACAUGGACAUCCUGAACACAAAACCGGAAUACCGGGAGAAGGAGAAAGAAGAAUUCCUCACACACUUCAAUGAGACUAAAGGUGACCAGAACCUUCACACACUCUAUAAUGCAGUGAUGGGAUAUCAUGGCAUCUUUGGCAAACCCAUUCUGGAAACUGCCAUGGAAUAUGACCAGAGGAACCGGCGUUUGAUGGAAAAACUCUGCUGCCGCCUCAAGGAGCUCUUCUGCAUUGGCCUGAUUGCCCUGGUGGGUCACUCCGCUAUCACUGGGACUGAUGUAGAGGCAUUAAAGAGAGAGUGGAAUGAGAAAAUGGACAAAGUAGAGAAUAAAAUGAAAUCCAUGAUAGAUAAGUGCAUCAAUGAGUUUGCUGAGCAGGCAAAAAUAGAUGUUGAGAAAAUGAUAAAUGAAAAGGGUGGAAGAAAUAACUGUGAAUGUGUAAGUUACAUAGCAAAUGGCUUGAUAAGUAAAUAUGACUGGGUUAAAUGGUCUGUACGGGUUUAUGACCCUGUCGGUGGGUUUGACAAUCACUGUGUCAUUGGCCCUAAUUAUUUUCACUUUUUCAGACACAAUGGGGUUAAUGCUGUUGUCUCCUAUGCAAUUGAUCCAAAACCAAUUAAUGAAAGUUACAUAAAUCAGUUAAUGGAGGGGAAAGAUGGCUGGUCUGAUGCAAGAGCUGUUGCAGAACAUGUGUCCAAAAAUCUUUCCUCUGGGCAUGUUGUACAUGUAGUGAGACGCUACAAGGGUCUGUGGCUUCACAAGAACAUUUCCAACGAUUACCAUUUCUGGGGAAAUUACUCUGGUGUCACCCUGUGUGUCCAUUCCACAUAA